AAACGUCAAUAAGUGAUCAUGAUUUGGUGUGAUUAAAUUAAACUAGAGAGCUUAAUCACACUUGUUAGGUUUAUUAACCUAGCAAUACUUAAAACAAGUCCUACCUACUGAUAUAACUAGUUUUGUACCCAUUCGUUGAAUGAGAAUUGUCUAAAAAUAAUAAAUUAUUUAGUGUAGUUCAUAAAAAUAUUUGCAUAAAAUACAAACUUAUUGUAUAAUCUAUUAUUGUCUUUCUUAAAUACAUUGUUAUUCAAAAAUAGUCUUAUAAUGUAAAUUUAAACAUCUAAUUCAGUGAUUAAUAAAUUCAAAAAUGCAAAAAAAAAAAUCGACAAUAUGAUGACAUUCAAAAACUCACUACAACAAAAAUGGUCUUUUCUGACAUGUUUAUAAGGACACUUGCUGGUUUGUGCCAUUAUAACACUUCUAUCAUGACACUAGUUAUCAACUCAAUAAUAUAUACUCUAAUUUUUUUUAUUUUAUUUGACAUAAAAAUAAUAAUGUACCUCUAGACUCCCUAUUAUGACACUUGCGGAAAUGUGAGAUACACCAAAAAAAAAUUAAAACACAAAACGACGUCAUUUGAUUUUGGUGGAAGAUCCUUUUGCCAAAACACUUAGUGAAAUCUCAAAAUUUCAUUUUGCCUCCUAGUGAAAUUUUGCUUCUUCUCUAUCUCUCGCAGAAACUCUCUCUCUCGGCAAACUAUCUCUCAAAACUCUUGGCCAAAAUUUUGCUUUCCCGCAGAGUCUUUUCUGUUGAAUCUCUCCGCAAUCAAACUACCCUUGCUUUCCCAUUGAAGGGAUGUAAUUGCAUGAUAAAUUUUUGCCCUAAAUUGAUUUCUCUCGGUUGCCUAAAUUUUUGCCCUCCGCCUCUCUCGGCCACUCUCCUCUCCUCUGCUCCCUACCUCCGCCGUCCCGUUGCCCCUACUCCUUCCCUCUCAUCAUCAGGUUUAGGUUCGUCAAAACCAGAAAAUGGAACAACAUGACAUCGAAAAGGACGAGUUCGGAUUCUCCAGAAAUUAUUUCUUAGCAAACGAAUUAGGCAAUUCCGGUAAGAAAUCCAGCCGCAUGCUCGCAGAUAUCGAUGUCGUCGAUGAACAGGAGCUAAGGGAAGCCCUUGCCCAUCUCCCCAACAUUUCUAAUUUCCAAACUGGUGUCCGACGAAAAUUAGGGCUCUGAGUCUGAGAGAGACCUUAGAUUUGGGGCAGUAUUCGCAGCAUCUGCAGUUAUUCUUUCUUCGAUUUCAGCGAUCAGCAGCAAAUGUCGCCUCCUCCUGGACCCUACUCCAGCACCAGCACUCUCGCCUUGGUGGCUCGUGCUUCAGCCUUCACGUUUGGAGUCGUCUAUGGAAAUUUGAAGCUUAAGUAUCUUAAGGCCAGAAUAUUGCAAAACCCAUUCUGGCUACGUAUCCUUCUCAAAUGUCUCAAAUGGCCCUGCUUCUGAUCAUUCCGUUGUGAAGAUAUCAAGUAGGAGUCAUGUGUUUGUGCAUGACUAUCAGAGGCCUACUUACAAAUCCUGGGGUGACGUGACUCAAUACUAUAAGAGAAGAAAGGAAGCUUAUUGUGCUGAACGGACUUCUAGUUUGCCUAGUUUGACAGAUGGAAGUGAUCACAAAUUUAGACAACAAAGCACUGAUAAUGACUUAUCUUGUCCAUCUACUAGUAAUUCACCUCUCUCGUUCAGAAAUGUUCAUGAUUCAGCUUGUUCUUCAGGAAACCUUAGCCUACCGAAUAUCGUAAGUGUGAAUACAAUUGCACCAGAUCGUGAGAUGAAGGACAACUUUUCAAGUAGCAGACAGUCUUAUACAUCAAAUAGCCAACAAGCAGAUAUACACUGGAAAAUCUCUCCGAGGACAAUGCAGUUACUUCCAAAGUCUUCCCAACCUAAAAUUUCCCUGCCAAAAUUAUUCGAAGAACAGAAAGAAAAGUAUCCCUCAAUUGAUAAAGGCAGUGCUCAUAAUGUAACAAAAAGGGAGGCUGCUGCUGAAAAGUCUGUUGGUGUUGACAAAAUAAAUGGAACCCCCACAGGAAAAGGAUCUGUGGAACCAGAAGCUAUUAUCCAGUCAAAUCUUCAUGAGAGGCUUGGUUGCAUUUAUGACAAGGUUCUUGUGGUUGAUACUGUCUCUGCUGCAAAGGAAGUAGUUGGUAUGCUCACAAAUCAAUACAGGCAUAUGGUCCAUGCAUGUGACACGGAAGUAUCAAAGAUUGAUGUUAAGCAGGAAACACCAGUUGAUCAUGGAGAAAUUGUAUGCUGCAGUAUUUAUUGUGGACCGGAAGCGAAUUUUGGAAAUGGCAAGUCUUGUAUCUGGGUAGAUCUUCUUGAUGAGGACGGGAGGAAUCUUUUGGCUGAAUUUGCUCCUUUUUUUGAAGACCCGUCAAUUAAAAAGGUGUGGCACAACUAUAGCUUUGAUAACCAUGUUAUAGAGAAUUAUGGACUUAAACUUGAUGGUUUCCAUGCUGAUACAAUGCACAUGGCCCGAUUGUGGAAUUCAUCAAGAAGAUUAGAAGGUGGGUAUUCUCUGGAAGCCCUUACCGUGAUUCUUCUGUCAUGUCUGAUGCUAGGUUAUGCCUUGGUGAAGAGUUGAUUGGUAAGGUGUCAAUGCAAAACCAUCUUUGGGAAGAAAAAAAUUUCUGUUCACUUGAAGCUCCUGAAUCUGUGCAGAGCAAUGGGUGGUGUAGAAAGGUUGAAAUUGAAUGGGGAAACCAUGCCCUAUCCAACAGAGUUCAGGAAGCUGUCCAGGCAAUGUUAAACUUUGUCAAAAGAGAGGGCCCCAAGGGAUGGGAUGACCCAUGGAGUUAAAUAUCAACUUUUUUUUCCUUUUUUUUUUUGAAUUGUUAUGUCAUUGAAUUCAGGCAAUGGUGGUCCUCCUUUUAGUUGUUUGAUUUUUUUAUAGGUACGGAAUGGCAUCUAUAGCGAAGUUAGUAGAUUAGUAUAGUUUCUUUUCUUCUGAAAGAACUUAGAGUUUCAAUGGAAAGUUCAAAGACUUGUAUAUCUGACAUAAUUGUGGCAUGAAUGAAGUGAAGGAUUAUUUGUUGUUCUA